UAGCUCCGUUACAAGUGUCAAAAACUCAGUUCAUGAUGAAACCAAAACGCAAAAAGCAAAGACCAGUCACUGAAGAUUCAAUGCGAAAAACUCGAAAGAACGACAAAGUAAUUUCUACGCUUCACACAUUCAACAAAGAAAUUGAAAAGAUCCAAGACCAUCGGCAACAAAAGAAGUCCAGCAAUUUUCAGAAGUUUAAUAUCCUGAAGAAACAGAUAGAACAGCUUGGAGGGUUGGAUGCAUACCAGAUUGCAUCUAAACAGGGAGAAGCUCGCCAUGGUAACCUCAACACAGCCAAAUGGGUUCUUCAGAAGUUAAAAGAGCACAACAUAAGAGUGGAAAAGGGACAUAAGUUCAAGCUUCUGGAUGUUGGUGCCUUGGACUACAACUAUAGUCAGCAAAAGAAAUGGAUUGAUUGUUCACCAAUUGAUUUGAACCCUCAGAAUAGUUGUGUGAUAAAAGCAGACUUCUUCACAUUCCAGAAUGAUGACCCAGUCCAGUUUGACAUCAUCAUACUUAGCUUGGUUCUUAACUUUGUUGGCUUGCCGGAAAGACGGGGUGACAUGCUGAAAAAGUGCUGUGCUAUAUGUAAACCCAAGGGAUACCUCUUUGUGGUUCUACCCCUCGCCUGCUUGGAGAAUUCUCGCUACAUGGGCCAUGACCUCCUUAAUGACAUCUUAGAAAGUCUCGGCUUCACUCUCAUAACGUCCCAUAACAGUAGGAAGCUAAGCUUCAAGAUGUACCAAUAUACAGGGGAAACUGGAAAAAGGAAAACUUUCCCCAAAACUCUCAUCCGGAAUGGGAUUAAGUGUAAUAAUUUUAGUAUUACCUUGAGCUGAUGACAAGGAAUGAUGAGCUUGAGGAAAUAGUGAUUACUGCUUCACACAUUUCUGCUAAGCAAUACUUUUCAUUGUCAAGCAUUUUUUUUUAUAGGGGGGCCUUAACAUGGUUUUAGGAAAUUUGGCUUUACGCGUAAGGAAAACCCUAUUCUUCAAUACUGUAAAAAUAACACUGUGUGGAUGUGUGUAAGUCCACAGUGUUUCAAGUCCCUACAUUAUGUUAAUUUUUUUGUUCUCGGGUCCACACUUUGUAUGUAGCUUUCAAACAUGGACGGGGGUGAAAUUCAAACCCACGCUCCGAUUACUCGUCCAACUAUGUGAUCUAGUAUAAUGUGUAGUAAUGCUAUGGACGUUUGAAUUGUGAUGGUUUUUAAAAGAUCAGUCAAUGAGAAAACAACUCAAAACUAUUUAUGUUAUGAUCAGAACAGACUGAUUCUUUUAACAGUCACUAUAGACCAUGUGACCUGUGUCACCAGCCUGGACUUCCUGUAGGCCAAUUUGUGCACAAUUCAAGGACAGAACACAUUGAGUCUGAAAGUGUAUUGAGAUUGCCCUGUCCGAUUUAUCAACUUUUGAUGCUAAGAAAGGGCCAUAUCUCAAAACUUGUUCAGCAGAUUUUGUGUUGUUUAUAAACAAGAGUUAUAUAUAACUUUUGAAAUUAUGUGGAAAUUAUAACGCAAACUUCAAAGUUUCUCAAAGUGCAGUAUUUGGACUGCCGGGAAAUGCCCUGGAAUGUAGGCUACCGUUCAAGGUCAAUAUUUUGUUACAAGAGAGAUCAUGUCCAUGGUAUUGCCACAAACCCCACUUAAUUGGUUUGAAGUGGUCAAGAUAAUUGGUAAUGUACUCUAAAAAAAAUUAUUUAUCUAAGUAAAUGAAUUGCUACAGGAAACUGAGAUGUAUUACCAGACCAAACCACAUAACUCAAGCAGGAAAUCACAUCCACAGAAUUAUAGCUCAGAUGUUCUUUCCAUUUUCUGAACAGUAAAUAUUAAACUACAUUGGGCCUUUUGAAUAUCUGAUAUUUCUCUUAUUUCAUCCUCCUGAAACAAUUAUUCCACAUUUAUAAAUACCACAGACAGUUUACUCAUUCUGAUUGGUCAAGAGGAGAUUUGAAAUGUGCAUUAGAGACAUGGUAACAAGUGUUCAAGAUAAGUCAAUGGCUAAGUUCCCUGUCGGUUAAACGUUACAUUAUUUUACAUAAUGAUGCAAUAAAUAUGACAAUAUUGAUCAAUAAAAGUUGCA